AAGAAGGGAAAUCAUAUAUUCUUUCUUUCAUGAAUUAGAUAUCAUUUCCCAGUGGAACAUAUACCAUUGCAAGGUUAUGGCUAUAUGGAGAUGUUGACGUUAUGGAGAUUGAAAUAUUUCCGACAACAUAUGACGUGAAUAACACUGGAGGACUUUGCAGUAAACUUGGGGCUGGGAAAAAACUAAUAUCCAGAGACGGGAAUCCAUGGAAUAAUGCAAAUGAAUUUGCAAAGUCCUGGAAGGUUGACGACAAAGAAAAUCUAAUAUCAAUGCCAGAUGAGGAUAUUUUAUCCUUUGAGGAACAGCACCAGACAGCCUUUUACUGCACCUGUAAUCAAACAAAUGGAAAACACCCAGUCGGUAUCGCAAUGUGCGGCAAAUCAAAGUCAGUAAAAUGUGACUUACGAAAAGAAAGGAAAGUUAGACCAAAACCAACCUGCUCAGUGCGAAUGAGACGAUCUGCAGCGUCUCUAUUUUCGUUUCUUCCGAAAGACCACAUUAAGAUCCAACAAAGAAAAAAGCGUUCAGAAACGUAUUCCACAUCGCCAAUGACAGAACAACAAGCCAAGGAUUACUGUCACAAAUUCAUGAACGAGUCACCUGCCUUUAUAGCAUGUAGCAAUAUACCCAGCGUCCAUCCUGAGGAUGCCAUUGCUGACUGUGUCCUAGACAUUCAUCUGACGAACUCUACAUUGUGGGCAAGCGCUUCUCGAGAGGGCCUUAAAUCACUGUGUUUGAAAGAAUUAAACCAUAAUAAUACUUUAUGGAAAGAUGACAGUCAAGACAGUGAACUAUCCAUCGUUGACAAUAUCCUUUCUGUUACUUGCCUUAACGAAUGUAAUGGCAACGGAGAAUGCAAGAAUGGAACAUGUGAAUGUAACGAUGGAUUUGCAGCUGCAGAUUGUUCUAUGCGAUUGGAUGAGCCACCUGUUGUAGUCGGUGUGAAUGUCGAUCAUGGUGGAUUGUGCGACAAAAGCACGUGUUUAGACGUUAUUGUUGAUGGUGAUCUUUUCCUAGAUAUCCCAUCGCUAGCAUGCAAGAUGAAGCAUUUUCAGGUUGCAAGAACUGGUGAAAUGAAGUAUCUGGAAACGGUUGUCGUCGGUGGUGAUCAUAAUACAAUUUCGGAUAUGAGAUGUCCUUUACCACAGUCAAGAAGCCGGCGUUCGUUGCAUCAAAAGAUGUUUGUGUCCGGAUAUGAAAUAUCAAUUAGCAACAAUGCAAUAAAUUUCAGUUCCUCCCACAUGUUAUACAUAUUGGAUUCAACGUGCCAAGAUACUAUGGAACUAAAUGGAAGACUUCGAUUUAUUCUUAAGGAUGAAUUCUGCUUCAUUAACGGACAUUGUGUACGCGACGGAACGGAGGAUGGGUCCAACAUAUGUAAUAUUUGCGAUUAUAAAACAGAUGCCUUUACCUGGACAUUGAUGGAUAAAACGGUGUGCCAGAAGAAGAGCGCAAAAGUUUGGGUUAUUUCCCUUGCGAUUGGAAUAUGUGUCUUGAUCUUGGGUAUCACCAUAACGAUCAUCAAGAUCAUUUGGAUGAAGAAAAAGAAAGCUAGGGAAGUUUUCAACAUGCCAACAACUUCUGAAAGAUAUUUCUUGUCUUCAAAAAAGACAUUUUCCAACAUUAACCGUGCAUUAUACCAAGAUUAAUUUUUUUCCAUGCGACGAUGACUUUGAAUGAAGAGUAAAGAAUCCCUUGACAGCAUUUCCACAUAAAUUCAAUAUUCUGAGAUAUAAUUUACAAACCCAAUUUACCGUAAUCCAAAUUGUAAAUACAGUGUACCAUAUUUUAUAAAUCUAAUGUACAUGUGUGUGUGUUCUAUAAAUAUUAAUGAUGUGAAUACUAUCAAUAUCAAUCAUAUGAAUAUUACUAAUAUGAAAAUGAGCUUAAGGAAUACAUGCACAGUGAGUAAAGUAAAUUUCAAUUCUAUGGAUAUCAAUAAUAUGAAUAAUGCUGAUAUGUAUGUAAAUGAUAUGAAUGCAAUAGUUAUGAAUAUGGAUAAUAUAAUAUUAAUAAUGUAGAUAUGACGAAUAUGAAUGUAAAUUAUAUAAUUUAUAUGAAUAAUGAGUAUGAAUUUCAAUCAUAUGAACAUUUUGAAGAUGAAUGAUAUGAAUACUAUGAUUAUAAAUAAUAA